CCAUAGAGCAAGUAAUCCGUACCCGUAAAGUAAGAUUUUCUCUUCAACUGCCAUUACUGAUUACAGCGCGAGUUUCAAUUUUGGACCUAAAAUUUCAUUUAUCAUAACAGUUAACGGAUUUGGAUAAUUUUCCCAAAUGCAGGAGGCAAAGCAUGUUAUUAAUCAAAUGCGUUUUCCGCAAAAGCUUUCGUAUAUGCUAGCCUUGGGCACAGACGCGAUAUUAUGGGGUGGAACGGGUCGUACAAUUCUGUUGAAUUACAAAAUUCUUCAGGACUAUUUACAGUGCGAUCAUUCAAUAUUCAAAACGACUAACAUUUCUAGUUUCAUCAGACAGUUGAACCUAUAUGGGUUUCGCAAAGUUACUUCUCAUCUCCAAGACCCUUUGUGUAAUUCUAGUAAUCCUUACAUGCACGAGUUUAUUCACGAUAACUUUCAAUACGGAAGACCAGAGUUAUUAAAUAAAAUUACCAGAAAAGCCUUGACAGUGAAAAAAAGUUUUAAACCAAAGAGCUCCAUUGAUCAAUUGGUUUGCAUUUCCCCUUUGCAAAAGGCACGUCGGGCAUUGCGCAUAGCAUUACGAAAGGCAACCCAGGAUUUACUUCUCUUGAACUCUGCAAAAUCAAAAUCUAGAUAUGAUGAUAUCUAUGAGGAUUACAAUGAAGAUGAAGAAAAAGAAGAAGUUGGAUGUGUGGAAAUAACAGAGAAUACAGUUAUUGAUACUUCAAAUGAAUUAACACAACCAGAUCCUAUCCACAAAGUAAUGCCUGAAAGCUGCAGUGAUGAUAAAUGUGGGAAAAAAGAUAUACCUCAAGAAAGCCUUAUGGAUUUUUCUGUUGAUGCAUGUCAACAGAACAAUUUUCCUGCAACAGAACAAUUCUUAAGCAUGCCAGACCUUGAUGGACAUGAGGAUACUACCGGUGUUGAGUUAUUAGCAGAGUUUUAUAUUGACAGUGAAACAGAACACAGCAUUGCAAUAAAGUCGAAUGAAAGUCAGCCAGAAUGCAACUCGUUAAAUUGUGUUUUGCCUUCAGUGAGUAAUGAACACAAUGAUGAUGUUUUAAUGUUGGAGAAAAAUAAUGAAGAUAUAAAUCACUCUAAUAGUGAAUGGGAGCAAAUAUUGAACGAUAUGAUGUCUAAUAGAAAUUCUAACCAAGAAGGAGUCUCAAAUUUUCGGGAACUCUACUCUCAGAUCUAUCAAACUAUGAAUUUGUUGAAUUCAUAACUGAUUUUGAUUUAUUUAUUCUGUUGGAUAGAAAUGAAGUGACUCUUGUAUUUUCUGCCAUGUAUUAAAGUAAUAUAAAAGUA